CACUGCACAUCUAUUUAUUGAGUGUUCUUCAAAAUAUUUCCACCUCUAGAUUUCUAACAAGAUUGACAAAAAUGAACAAACCACUCUAGUUUUUUCUCUGUUUCUUUGGUACAGCCUCCUUGGGCCUUCCUACUUACUUAAUAAGCAUAAGUCACAACAUAACAACAAAUAGUUUCAUAUUAAAAGCUAAGAGACCAUAUUUUCCCCUUUGCUGUGUGAAGAACAAUGCUACGUCGUAAACGAAUCACAACCGUCCAUCCAUUCCUUCGGCUAUUCACAACUGUUAAUCCUCCCGCGACGUUGGAAUUCAACUCAUCCCUCCAAAGGCUACGCGUGCGACCCACGCACCACCAUCUAGAACAAUUCCUCUCUUCCUUGUACAACUAUCCUACGAAUCAUUCCUCACAAACCUAUGCUACCUUCUUCCACGCCUGCGCCCUCCUUCACCGCCUUGAUAUUGGCCAAGACAUCCACAACCACAUGCUUUUCCACAAUCCAAAUGCCGCUCAAGAACUCUACACAAUCAAUCAUCUUGUUAACAUGUAUGCAAAAUGUGGUAAUUUGGAAUGUGCUCGUCAACUGUUUGAUCAAAUGCCGCACAGAAACAUUGUUUCUUGGACUUCCCUUAUUUCAGGUUAUGCUCAAUAUGGACGGACUAAUCAAUGUUUUAGCUUAUUUUCUAGCAUGUUAGCUCAUUAUAGGCCUAAUGAUUUUUCUUAUGCUAGUGUUUUUUCUGUUUGUGAUAGCUCACGUGGUAGGCAAGUGCAUGCAGUUGCACUAAAAACAGGUUUUGAUACAUGUGUUUAUGUUGGUAAUGGUUUGAUCGCAAUGUACUCGAGGAAUAGUUCAAUGGAUGGUUGCAAUGAGGCAUGGAAGGUUUUUAAUGUUAUGGAGUUUCUGAAUCUGGUUUCAUGGAAUACAAUGAUAGCAUGGUUUCAAAUGCGUGGACAAGGUGAUAAGGCGAUGGGAUUCUUUUCAGUAAUGCAUCGUUAUAGCUUGGGGUUCAAUCGUGCCACUCUUGUCAGUGUACUUUCUUCUCUCUUUGGAAUGGAUGAAAUUGAUUUUUCCUGGGGUCUUCAGGGUUGUUUCCAAUUGCAUUGCGUUAGUGUGAAAACCGGUUUUAUACUAGAUGUUGGGAUUGUUACUGCUUUGUUGAAAGCGUAUUCAAUUCUUGGAGGAGAGCUUCGUGAUUGUUAUAAAUUGUUUCUGGAAAUGAGUGGAUCUCAAGAUCUUGUGUUGUGGACUGAAAUCAUAGUGGCAUUUUCAGAAAGAGAUCCUACGAAAGCGAUUAUUCUGUUUGGUCAGUUGCGCCGAGAGGGGUUAAGUUUGGAUAGUUAUGCUUUUUCCAUUGCACUAAAAGCUUGUGCAGGACUCGUGACAGAUAGAAAUGCCUUGAUGGUGCACUGCGAAGUGAUUAAAUCUGGUUUCAUGGAUACUGUGGUACUUGGAAAUGCAUUGAUUCAUGCAUAUGCAAGGUGUGGCUCAAUAUCUCAGGCCAAACAGGUUUUUGAGGAGAUGAGAUACAGAGAUAUAAUAUCGUGGAAUUCGAUGUUGAAAGCUUAUGCGCUGCAUGGGAAAGCAAAUGAAGCGUUGAGACUUUUUAGGAAAAUGGAUGUGAAACCUGAUGCAACCACUUUUGUUUCGCUGCUUUCAGCUUGUAGCCAUGCUGGAAGGGUGGAAGAAGGAAUUAAAAUUUUUGAUGCUAUGUUUGAGAAACAUGGUAUUGUUCCUCAACUCGAUCAUUAUGCAUGUAUAGUUGAUAUUGUUGGUCGAGCAGGUCAUUUUUUUCAGGCGGAGAAAAUAAUAAAAGAAAUGCCCAUGCUACCAGAUUAUGUGGUAUGGAGUGCAUUUCUUGGAGCAUGCCGGAAACAUCGUGAAUCUGGGCUGGCCCAAAUAGUUGCAUCUAGGUUGAAGGAGUUAGAUCCAGAAAAUUCAUUAGCAUAUGUACUCAUGUCAAAUGUACACUGCUCAGCAAAUAGCUUCAAUGAAGCAGGUCAUCUUAGGAAGCAAAUGCGCCGGCUCGGUGUUAAGAAGCAGCCUGGAUUGAGCUGGACUGAAGUUGGGGGUUUGGUGCAUGAGUUUGCUUCUGGAGGCCUACAACAUCCAGACAGGAAAGCUAUAUAUACUAAUCUGGAGGACUUUGUGAAAGAGCUGAAACAUAGUGGCUAUAUUCCUGAGACAACUUCAUCUUUACAUGACAUAGAAGACGAACAGAAAGAAGAGCAAUUAUAUUAUCACAGCGAGAAGCUUGCACUGAUAUAUGCUUUACAAGAUGCUAGUAAAUCUCCUUCCAGCUGCAGUGCCAUUAAGAUUAUAAAGAACAUCCGUAUUUGUUUGGAUUGCCACAACUUUAUGAAGUUAUCAUCAAAGCUAAUAGAAAGGGAAAUUAUUGUGAGAGAUUCAAACCGUUUCCACCAUUUUAAGAAUGGGGCGUGCUCUUGCAAUGAUUACUGGUAGACUCUGCCAACUAAUUUCUACCUGCUGCCUCUCCAGACAUUUCAAGAAGAAAAUACUGUCAUAGAUGAAACAUGAAGCAAAAUGGGAAGUAUCAUUCCUUAACAAUUGGCAUCUUCCAAGAUGCAACAUAUGCAAACAUGUAUCUGGCAUUACAAAAUGUGUAAAUUGUAAUUAUUUACAUAGAGGAAUCUCAUGUAGAUAAUGUUGCAACUUCCCUUUUGUCUAGUGAAUUUAGUAUGGUUACAGAUUCAAAAUUGUGCAAUCUUGACAUUUGUGAUGAAGGUUAUAUUGGCAUCAACCUAUAGGAUUCCUGCUGAGAGAAUGAUGCGAAGAGGUUGCAUUUUCUUGCUCUUCUAAUCCCACCUUUUUUUCAGUAACCAAAAACUUCUGGAAGGCCAGUGGUUCAAGUGGUGCAUAUUGUUUGAAACUUAGGUGGAUAUUUGAUCCGUCCCUCAGAUCUUCUCCACUUAAAGACCGCAUUUUUUUAUCUGCAGUAAAGUUUGAACCUAUAAUAUGCACCUAUCCCAUACAUCACACACUAAACCCAGUACAAGAAUGAGGAUUUUUCAUAAUGUUUUUGCCUUCUGAAUGGUCUUGUUCAAAACACGCCAACAGUUGAGGCUCCUCUAGAGUGGCAAACGGCGUGGGUGUGGCUUUACCUCGCAUAAAUUAUAACCCUCCCUGCACCGCCUAACAACAUUUGGUAGAUGCACUUUUAUCUCCACUUUACUCUACACCAGCAGAAAAAGAAGAACUAAUCAAAGAAGUGGUAUUCAACUGAUUCUUCUACAGCAAAGCUAACUUUUUUAUGAGCUGGUACCAGCAACUCCCCCUGUCGGCAACUUAUACUCCCCAUUUGGUUUAG